AGUCAGAGCGGCGACACCGAGCUCAACGGACGAGCGGCCUGGAAUCGGCGAACUUCGCUUCGUGCCUAACCUUCGGCCUGUGGAAACCGCCGGGGUGUUUUGAGGCGCUGCGGGGAAAGCGGAGGCGGGAGGUCGCAGCACUGAGUCAGCGGCCCCAGCCCUUAGCGGCUACCGCAGCCGGCCGGCGGCGGUUCAAGGCCAGCGAGUCGCCUUUGUGAGGGAAAACCGUUGGACGCCGGUUACCAAGGAGACGGCCGGUCAUCUCGCGGGGCGUCCGGACGUGAACUGGCGGCCGCGCGAGAGAGCGGGCGUGGUGAAGCGGCCUCGCCUGCUGGCGUGGUGCGCGCUGACGUCACUGCGGGCGCGCGGGGCGGAAGCGCCUCGGCGUCGCGGUGUUUACAAGCGGGCUGGUUGCCGUCGGGGCCGCGCUAAGGGCGCUCGGGCCGGAGCGGCGAAGAGGCCGCCUCAGCGCCCAUGUGCCCUCAGCCGCCCAUGGAGGUGAUGGAGGGCCCGCUCAACCUGGUGAGUGGCGCCGAGCCGAGUGUGGGCUCCGCGCUGGCCAGCUGACGUGGCCGGCCGGAUUCGCGCUUCCUUCUGGCGGGCCGGAUGGGCGAAGGAUAGAUAACCGGGGCGGGGGGGGGGGGGAGAAGGCAGUGUGUCCGACCCUUUAUGGAUGUUACCGUGUGGUAAAAGUCACCACCAACCCUGUAAGUUAGGCUGUUAAUAAUAACAACAAUAAUAAUAGCAAUAAUAAUUAAUAAUGUCAACACCUAGUAAUUAUAAUAAUAACGACAAUAACUGCAACACCCCGCACACCCCAUUUCGGGGGUGGAAAUGGUCGAAGGAGGCGCAUUCCUGGCCCUUUCUGGACAAGCGAGAGCUGACGCUGAGGACUUCCUGUUACGUGGUUCUAUUAGCCGCUGAGUGCAGGGAAUUACUCCCAAGAGGACCUCUACCUACUUCUGCCUUCCUAAUCAUAGGCUCAUUGGAUUGGUGGAAGGGACCAUGCAGGUCAUCUUGUCCAGCCCCCCCCCCCCCCGCAGUACAGGAAUCGUUCACCUGAUGUGGGACUCGAGCCCACAACCCUGAGAUUAAGAUUGCGGUACUCUACCAAACGGCACAGCAGUAAGACUGCUAGCACAUUUGCAAAGCCAACCAGGGUCCAGUAUGGCUUUGAAAUGGAUGGGGGAGGGCAGGGUCGAUAUUCUUGCAUUGCAGGGUGUCGGGCUGGAUGACCCUCUGGUCCCUUCCAACUCUACAGUUUUGUGAUUCUAUGACUGAGCUAUUCCAGGUCAAUGUUUGUAUGACACUUCUAUUUUUAUCAGUUUGUAUGAAACUUCUAUUCUUCCAAACAAGGGAUGAGGCCCUCCAUAGAUUGUAUCUCCUCUCAGCCCCAGCCAGCAUGUCCAGUGGUAAGGGGUUAAUGCAGUUGGAGUCCCACAGCAUCUGGAGGGCCUCAGGUUCCUGCAGGUUGAUUUGUAGAAAAUCCAGGUUUCAUGUACACGCCUUUUUGCAGUCAGUAGCUAAUUUAGACAUCAUAGUUAAAUAGAUGUGUACUGAAUACUAGAUGCUGUGGGCAAAUAAUGGGCAAGGGCUUGUGGGAACCAUCUGCUAUGUUAAAGGCACCCUUGCAGUGCUGAUCUAGUUGGACCAGAUUUUACUAGAGGACUACUUUAAGAAGGAUUUGCAAUGGGCUAAAAUCCCAACCCUCCUGAAGUUCCCUGCCGCUGAGUUUAGCCACCAUAGCUAAGGUUACCAGAUUUUUUUCAAUGAAUCUGGGGACAUUUUUCAACUUCAGUGGAUUUUGUAUGGGGACUGAUUUGUAAAUCCGGGGACUGUCCCGACAUCUGGUAACCUUGCCAUAGACACAGUUGCUUUUUGGUUGGCAACUGCGAGGAGGCAGUGCUUUCAGAAGGCCAGGUUUGGUCCUGGUGCAUAGUAAGAUGCACCAUCUGUGGAUGAAUAUAGGUGUACACAAAUACUUAAAAGAUGCUUUUGAGCAUUUAAAGUGCUCCACAUAUACAGGUAACUCACAACUAAUGUGAAUUUAACUAGUUCGCAUUCAGCUUAAUGUGCUUGGCAAAUAAAAAUAAUGGAAAGGGGACUGGGGGAAAAACUUUAGAAUUCCCACCUGCCAUUGAACCCAUUGUGUUUAGACCAUACACAAUUUUGCUUUAGGCGCCACCUCUGGAAAGUAACCCCAGCGUAAGCUGAGUCACCUGUGUUACCUUUGCAACAGCCCUGUCAAAAGAGAUCAGAUUUGUUAUCUGCUUGUUAUAGAGGUGAAGAGAUGGUCACCUUUGCCACUAUUUAUCAACCAUCUUUUUGUGUGCUGGACACUGAAUAGAAAUAGAAAACACUAGAGAGAACAGUUUGCUUUAAUGCAUUGAACUGAACUCUACUUCAUGUACCACACAGCAAAAUGUGUGGCAGUUGUCUUUACAGAAGUGUAUCCUAAUACCUUUCCUACAUCUCUGUAUGAAAAAUAAUUAGGUGUGAAGCAGCUCUUCUCCCUUUGUUACAUGGUUGGUAUUUGAUCAGCAUUGCUGAAAAGUCAAAGUACUGUGUUUAGAAAAUCUGUACCACAUGCAAUUCAGAAUUUGUAUGAUUUAAAAGUAAAGGUAAAGGGACCCCUGACAGUUAAGUCCAGUCGCGAACGACUCGGGGGUUGUGGCGCUCAUCUCGCUUUACAGGCUGCGGGAGCCGCCGUUUGUCCGCUUCCACAGACAGUUUUUCCGGGUCAUGUGGCCAGCAUGACUAAGCCCCUUCUGGUGAACCAGAGCAGUGCACGGAAACACCGUUUACCUUCCUGCUGGAGCGGUACCUAUUUAUCUACUUGCACUUUGACGUGCUUUCGAACUGCUAGGUUGACAGGAGCUGGGACUGAGCAAUGGGAGCUCACCCCAUCGCGGGGAUUCAAACUGCCGACCUUCCGAUCGGCAAGUCCAAGCGGCAUAAUGGUUUAAACCACAGCGCCACCCGUGUCCUGGGUGAUUCUUACUGCACUGGUAUAGUAUAGUGGCUAUAAGCUAAAGGUACCCCAUUCAAAUCUUACAGAAUCCACAAAUCAAUUUACUGGGCUUAAGCAGGCUGGUGUGUAUUGUCUGUUGUUAAAUAGAUGAGUGUCUAUUGUUAAAUAGAUGACUACAGUCUUCACACUUUACAGUGUACAUAGAUAUAAGUUUCUCCUACAUUAGUAUGAAAGUUGUGUGCAAUGCAGCCCUCAGGUUCAGUGCCUAGAGGAAAUAAAUAGAACCGACUGUUAGAAGUAAUAGAUUACAUCUGGAUGCCCACUAGUACUGAGUAGUUUUAUUGGGCUUACAACAAAAUGUUGCUGGCUUGGAAGGGUUAUUAAACUGUCAGCAAAUUUGACAGCAUGGCCAGGAAUGCAAAACACAUUUGCUUUAUAUGUGAGCCUGCUGUGAUAGAUGGAGCCAGUUGCCAUCUAGUGCUGAUUUAAGUAUGCUUGCUUCAGAAGCUUCACAAAAUACUUGGGCUUCAGUCCAACUACAACUUUGGCUGUAGACCAGCAAAACCAUAUGCAAUCUGCAGAGUUCAGUGUCUCUUUUUAGGUUUAAGAAGAUGUGGACUAAAAUAGGUGGUAGCUUGUCAAGGAAAAGUAGUAAUAACAUGAAGGAGCAAUAGAAUUGCUUCCCUCCAUUCAGUUCUAUGGUAAUCAGUACAAGUUGUGGCAUUUCUCUUUCCUUUGCUUUAGCACCAUAUCUAAAAAGCUUGCGAGAUUAAAGAAGCAUAAAUAUUUAGCCACAAUUUGUAUGAAUAAGUCACAAAAGAGUCAUAAAAGAACUACAAGACCACAAGUUACUUUUGAAUCAUGUAGAAAGAGGGCAUCUAUCUAAGGGCAAAGUCAAGAGCCAGGUUAAAGUGCCACCCAUUGUCCAAAUCAUGAAGAGUUUGCUAUCUAAACAGAAUCAGGAUGUGAUGACGCAAUGAGGGCAGCAACACAUGAUUCAUGGAAAGAGGCAUGCAAUAACAAAGUUCCUUCAAAACAGAAAACAAGUUUGGCAAAUGCAAAGCAUAUGUGGCUCAACUGAAGCUCAGGUGAUCAAAAUGGCAAAUGCAAAGUUUAUUGUUUGCUUGGGCAGCUAGAGGGCCAGUGGGUAGGGCAUAGUUUUAAGCCAGCCAGCCUCUUUCGGUUGGUAUUAUUAUUAUUAUUAUUAGUAGUAGUAGUAGUAGUAGUAGUAGUAUACUGCCCUUCAUCCACAGAUCUCAGGGUGGUUCACAGCAUAGAUUGGACUAUCCCAAGGCAUGGGGUUUUACAGGUAUGUAAACCCUCAUAUGUGCAGUCCAAAUGUGGCACUAUUUCAUAUUUUUGAUGUGGUAAAACUACCAUUCACGUUCUUUAUUUCUGCAGCCAUUUGUAGGGGUGUUGAAUAGGAAAUCCUUCUACAUGAGUAAAUGGUUCCAACAUGGCAUGAGAGUACAAGGUGGCUCAGUAACACUACUUCUUUGCAGAAUGCAGUCUUGGCAUGUGAUGUGCAAGACUACGAGCAGCCUAGCACCUUUCAGGCAGUCUUUGGAACACUGAGAGUCUUGGGGUUGUCCUGGAUGGGUCUGGAUUAUUUUGGAAACACCAUGCUCUUGAGGAGGAACAGUGAGCCUAGGAACAAGGCAACAAGGACUAAGCCAGAGGGAACCUGUGGCCUUCCAGAGGUUGUUUGGCUCCCAAAUCCCAUCAGCCCCAGCCAGCAAGGCCAGUGGGCUACUCUGAGUAAAACUUAGUUGCAUCCCACCCAAAAUAAUUAUUCUGUUUAUAUAUUAUGUAAGAAUAGGCCAAGAACAGUAAAUGCAUCUCUCACAUAAACUCAGUAUAUUCACAAUCUAGGUGCAAUCUAUUAACUAAAGGACAUCCAUGAUCUCUUUCAGAUCUAUGUAUUUUUUGUCAGCAAUAGCAUGCUGCUACUAAACAGCAUCCCUUAUCUCAUAUUCAUUUUAUCCCUGUUGUAAAUCUGCUAGCUUGUCUCACCGCAUCAUCAAACUUUGUAGUCCUUGGCAGCAUGAUUUCAAAGGAAAUCCUCAAUUUUUUUCUUGCAAAGUGUCAGUUACUGUUCUUGCUGCUCUAUUUUUUUAGUUCUUCUCGUACCUGUUGCAGAGCAGCUGUCUUAGUGUGCUUUGACUGGGAUGUCUGCUUGGUUGUGAAGGAGAGCCAGGUACUUUCUGCUGCUGGAAUCUGCCAACAUCAACUCCUGUGUUUGCUGCCAGAAAUUCCCUAACACCGUAUGUGGCAAGGAGAGGGACAGAACAGCUGCACAAACUGUAUUCAGGGCCUGCCUCUAAAAAAAAAGAAAAGAAAAUCAACCCACAAAAAACCCACCUAAGAAUAAUAUCUCCUGUUGCUGGAACUGUUCUAUGACCGAAAUAAUAAAUUCAAUUCAAUAUCUCCUGUUUCUCUUCUGACAAAGUUACAUGCUGAUGUUUUCUGUUCCCAUAGCAGCCUGUCUUUCUUGAGACUCAAAUUGAUUCCUCUAGCUACCAUGACAUUAGAAUGUGCAUCUCACAAAGGGUCUUAGCAUUCACUCAUCAACAAAUACACUCACUUGUCUUGCACUUCUCUUUCCUCAGAAAAAGAAAGGAUCAGGCUGUAGUAACACUGAAGUGUUUUGUAAUUAAAUCAUGCCUGUGACUGACUAUACAUAUUAUUAUUUUUUGUAAUUUUCAAGCAGAAAUGUAUGUUUAAAUUGGCUGUAUUUUCCCCUUAUAACUGCACUAUUUGAUUGUUACUGGAGAAAUAGCUGGUGUGCUAUUGGUCAGAGCUGCAUUCCUCAGAGUUGCUCAGUAUGCAGCCCUUUCCACUGAACCUUAGUGCCUUUUUAUUAUCCUCUAGGCGAUUAUUAAUUCUUAGCUUAGAAAUGUGAAAGAGGAAGAAUCAGAUGAAGGAAGAAGAAGCUUCAGCUAAUGAUUCACUUCAGGGCUCAAACUGCAUGUGGCAGUCAGAUGCAAUACACACACCCUAUGUCUAAAUGAGGCCAGACACACCAUUUUCGUUUGCUCACUGUCUAACAUUUUUUAAAAUACAUGAACUGCAAUCUAGUGUGUGUACAUCAGCACUGUUGUUAUGCAUGCAGGUGUGAAAAUACCUAAGGCUAUCACAGAAGCAAACUUGACCUAAGCAAUCAGCUUUAUGAUAAUUCUAUACUGAGGGGCCAAGCUAUCUUACACAGAACCUGAGACAGCUGACGUUUCUGUUGCAUUGCCUGCCUUUUGUGUAUCUACAUGUCCGUUUCAUGCAAAAGUUUGAAGUAACUAGAGAUGUUUAAAUAAUAGUAAAAAAUGCCAAUAAUUAAAAAGUUUGUUUUUCUUUUGAAGGCUCAUCAGCAGAGCAGGAAAGCUGACCGUUUGCUGACAGCGGGGAAGUACGAAGAAGCAAUUUCUUGUCACAAAAAGGCAGCAGGUGCGUAUUUAACAAAAAGAGCAUUGUAUAGCUUGUGUGAAAACACUGUCCUCGAAGUACGCCUUAGUAGCAAUCAUCUAUUCAGCGCCAAAGCAUGAUUGUCCUGGCUGGGGCAGAAGUUUGUUGUCUUGGGAGUUGGUGUAAGCCUUAUACAGAAGAAAAGUUAAUUGUCUACAUGUGCACGCGGAACUAAAAUACAUAAAGAUCAAGGUGGUUGUAGAAAAUCAGUAGUCAAGGACAUAAUGCAAUUAUCUCUCUUGAAUAUCCCACGUUAGAGCAGUGGAGCCUCUUACAUGGUGGCUAAGUAACUGCCAAAACUGGGCAUUGGCUGCCAAACUGCAGUACAUGUUAGGUUUAAGAGGUCUGUUUGCAAGAAAGUGUUUCUCCAAUCACUUGCUCCUUGACACAACCCCUUUAAGGUCUCUCUGUGUGGGGGGGGGGAGUGUUGUGUCAAUCUUGUCUUCAUCAAUAUUGCAGUAGAUUUACGGUCAUAGGCACAUAGUGGGAUCACAGUGUACAUAUCUGGAUAAUGUCUGUGAAGUGAUCAUUGUACCUAAACUCAAUGUGACUUCUCUGUGACCUAAACAUUUCUCAUUUUGUGGUUUAUUCAGCAUAUCUCUUGGAGGCCAUGAAGCUGACACAAUCGGAUCAGGUGAGAUUACACUCCAAAAUACAGUGAGCGAGCCUAGUAUUGAGUCAUUAUCUCUAUAACCAUAAAAUUGACUAGGACACCCCACCCUACCCCCAGCUUACAUUCUGAAAAGGCAAGAAAUGGUUGGGGAGAGAUGUGUGAUAAGAGGAUGCAGAUGCUGUUUCACUUCUGUAUCCUUCACUGGCCAGGGUUCUAGAAAAUAGUUGGCAUUAGAAGGUGAUUUGUGGAAUUACUAAUAUUAUUUUGUUUAAAAUGUUAGGAAAUGUUUGUAAAAAAUAGUUGACAAUUGCUGUCAAGCUAUAAUAGCUUCAUUGGAGUUGAUUGCACUGUGCAUCUGCCUUCCAGGACCAGAAUCUAUGUAGUGCCAUAAAUGAUGCUUAAUACUGUUUCUCUAAUGAAGUAAAUGCUUUAAAAACACUUUACCACCAUUGGACGAUAUUCGACCAACCUUAUUUCUCUUGUUAUAUCCAAGGCUAAUUAAGGGUGACUCUAAUGGUGAGAAACUCAUCCCUUGUUUUUGUCUUUUCCACAGGCCCAGUUAUCAUUGGAAUUACAAAGGGAGAGCCACCUGAAACAGAUUCUACUUAUCCAAGAGCGAUGGAAAAGAGCAAAAAGAGAAGAGAGGCUAAAGACACAGCAGGCUGUGGACAAGGAUAGUGCUUCGUCAAAGCCGUCAGCUGAGGAAUUUGAUGACCAAAAUGUGGCAGCUCCCGCUAGCCUGAAGUACAGCCCCUCCCCAGAGAAGGAUGCACAGGCAAUCCACGGUGUCUUGGAUAGGGACCCCGACACACUACUGUUCCUGUUUCAGAAAAGAAAGGAGCCACUGGAAGUGUGCGUUGGAAGCAAAACCCCCAAGGACGACAAGACAAAAAUUGAGGAGCAGGCCACCAAAAUCGCCGUUCUAGAACGGCACGUGGACUUUCUCUUAGCUGAAAAUGAGAGAUUGAAGCGAGAGAACAAGCAGCUAAAAGCUGAGAGGGCCAGACUCCUGAAAUCCCCCCUAGAAAAGGAGCUAGAUGUCGAUGCCGACUUUGUAGAGAAGUCAGAGCUGUGGGGUCUGCAGCAGCAUUCGGAAACUGCUGCCGCGUCAGCCUCAACUUGGCAGAAAUUUACAACGAAUGCCGGUAAGGCCAAGGACAUUCCGAUACCCAGCCUUCCGCCUCUGGACAUUCCAUCCCCCGAGCUCCCUCUGUUGGAGCUCUCGGAGGAUAUACUGAAAGGACUGAUGAACAGCUAAGUAGAGACCACAAUGUAUGUUCACCUGUAGCUCAGCAAAAUCCAAAAAAGGGAAACCCACCAGUACAGUUGUGAUUCACAGGUACAAAACACCAACUACAACCCUACUGAGGGAGAAUAUCUUAGUGACUUUGUCACUGUGAAAAAUAUGCAUGCUAUUGGAUCGGUUAAACAGGGCUGACUGUUUACCAUCGUUGGUAAAAGCUAAGCUCUCUCUUCCUCCCCACCUUCAAGCCAAAUGACUGAGGGGAGACUUUCAAGCAACUUGAUCCUGCAGGGGUCUUGAGUAUGCGAUAUGUAACAUGUCUCUUCAAUGCCAUAAAAUAAUGCAAAACCUAAGUGGUGUGGGCCAGAGUGUGACCAUUUUGGCAGUGGGGGAAAAAAGUUUCUAUCAUGCAUUCAAUUAAUUUAAUUAUGCAAACCAGGUCAAUAGAUUGGAUGUUGCUUCUGUUCCUCCACAGUAUGGAUCUACGUGCCACACUUCGCACUCCUGACUUAAAAAUGCUUUAUCAGCCAAUCAGGAGAGAUGCUAAAUUUACUACUACUACUUUUUUUAUUUUAAGGAACCAAAUUUUAGUUCUAUUGAAAUUUUGAUUUGUUUACAUAAUCAGGGUGCUUAAUAAUGUGCGUGUUCUGUAUAUGAAACUAGUAGGCAUCGUUUUAAACAAAAUACAACGAAGAAGAAUCCUUGAUGCAUGAAUGGAAGUAACGGCAGUUGCCAGAACUUGACUGAAAAUAAAAAGUUUUGGGUCAGUUUUGAAUCUUACUUGUUCAUUUGAACACAUAAAGCUGAUGAAUAUUAAGUCAGACCACAGGUCUGACUUGCAGUAAAAUUCCAAGACCUUCCUUUAACAGCAAUCUCUCAGUCCUAUGAUUUGAGUUCCUUUUAAUCAGAGAGGCCAGGCAUGGAACCUGUGGUGAUGUAUUUGCUCAUUGAGAUACAUUUCCUUACAAAGCAGUAAGCAUUGGAAGCAGUUAAGUUCAUAAAAGGGAGCUGUGGAGUCCCACCUGCAUAACCAGUGAGCAGGGAUGAUGGGAAUUGUAGUCUAGUAAUACCUGGUGGACUUUGGGUUCCCCAUGUUCCUUGAGCAGGCAGGGGGUGACGCUGCUGCAGUUGCUAACUCAUUGAGGGAGCCAUUUGCAUCUUUAAGCAAGCUGGGGUGAAGGACUUCUGCCUGGCCUAGAAACAAUACAGAGACUAUACUACCUAGCCAGUUAUUACAGUUCCAAGUAUUGCCAAGGAAGUAAAGGGUGCAUCUUUUUCUUGAAUACCAUCUCUUUCAGAUCUGGGAAGCUACAGUACUAAGGUUCAGUUCCUAUAACUCUAGUGAUAGCCUGGGGGCAGGCGGGAUGGAAUUAAGCAAUUAAGGAAUUGUAUUCUCAUCUACCACAUUAUAAAAGGCAAACGGCAUUUUCGUGUACUCUGGCUUCCGUCAUGGUAUUCUGUUGCACCAGAAGCGGUUUGGUCUUGCUGGCCACAUGACCCGGAAAGCUGUCUGUGGACAAACGUCAGCACCCUCGGCCUGAAGCGAGAUGAGCGCUGCAACCCUAUAGUUGCCUUUGACUGGACUUAACUGUCCAGGGGUCAUUUACCUUUACCUUUUACCCAUGAAAAGGAAUAUGACAUGGGCACAUUGGGCAGAAAUGUGCAAUGGCUUCAGGUGGGGUGAUAUUUAUGAAGCAGGUACUUUGCAUGGAGGUCCAAAUGUUCCAUGUCUGGGUACAUGCUCUUCUACUCUCAGAGUUGCAUGACUACCCAGAUAAGUGAUGGAACCUAAUCAAGAGUUCUAACAAUGAAGCUAUGCAUCGAUUCUCGGUAGCAGUAUUUGUGCUGUAGCAAACCAAAUGUCAACCUAGUCCACUUUUGAUGGUAGUCAUACAGGUAUUGCAAGCAAGCCCAAAAGCAGACCACAAUGGAGAAGAAAACUCACCCUGUUUGGCUCCGGCUAGGAAUCCACUCUUUCUGUUAACAGCUUACUGUGUUUGAGUCAUUGCUAGACCUAUAAAAAUUCUGUAUGUGGCCCAGCUAAAGCACAGCUUUCUGCCUUCACCAGGGACCAGCCUGCAUCUGGAAGCAGUGCUGAGAGCUCUCCCACCAUUUUUGGUGGCUAGAGGGUUCCCCUUGAAUGCAGAAGAUUUUAUUAUUAUUAUUAAAUUUAUCUCCUGUCCUUUUCUCCAAUGAGCUUAAGGUGGUGUACAUGAUUCUCCCCUCCCAAUUUUAGCCUCACAACAACCCUGUGAGGUGGGUUAGGCUAUUUCAGCUAAUGGUUGUUGUUAAAUCUUACAUUACUGUUCUGAUGCAGUCAUUUAAAACAGUAGUAACAAAUGCCUCCUGUUAGCUAUGCUCCUGAAGUGCAAUAGUCGAUUUCACUGGCUAUCUCCAAGAUAGGGGAUUAUGACGGGCUUUCUUGCCACACACUUGAGCAUUUUUGAUUGAUACUGCUUCCUUUGGUUACUACUUCCAGCUGAAUCUAAACACUUUCCUUUGGGUCACAGUUCAAGAAUGAGUCUUGCCUCUUUUCUGUGUCAUUUUUAAAAACAUCUUUUAGCUCUGGUGGAAUAACUGUUUAUUCAAAAAUGAGAGGAAGCCGCACAUAAAUUCUGGUCCCGCAAUAUUAUGUUACUUCCUAGUAGCUAGGAAUAAGAAUUUAGAACUUUUAUACAAAGAGUGCCAUCUGCUGGAUGAUGCUGUUUUCUUUACACAGUAUUCCAGUGGUUCUGAACUUAAAAUCACGAAGUUCAACAUACCGCAGGCCCAUAACAUUACAUCCUUUGGCUGUACAUCAAAAUGUUAUGUCAUAUCACAUAAAAAUGGUUUACUAUUAUUUUGUAGGAAUAUUAGUAUUCUAUGGGCAUUCAAUCCCCAGUAUGCAAUGUAGUAUGUGCAAAAUGGAAACCAAAUCCAUGAUGCUUCAAUCAUAAUUCCAUCACUGCCCUAUGGAUAAUGAAUAGCAUGAGAGUUUAAUCUCAUGGUUGUGGGUUCAAGCCCCAUAUUGGGCACAAGAUUCCUAUAUUUCAGGGGGUUGGACUAGAUGACUCUCAUGGUCCCUUCUAUGAUACAAUAGCAAUCUGUGACAGUUGAGUGCCCAUCAGUUUGGAACCUAAACAAGGCUAAUGAAAAAUAAUGUAUUGGCUUUUAUAGACAGGUUUUCCAAAGGUUGCAGAAGUCUGUGAGCAAGCAGAAAACAAAAGCCAGGACUGACAGAAUGUUGAGAGCAUAAAGAUAAGAAAAUGAUAAGAGUGGGGAUGGGGAUUCAGUGGCCCUCCAGAUGAUGUUGGACUACAGCACCCAUCAUCCCUGGGUCUUGGCCUUCUUGGCUAGGACUGAUAGAAUCCUACAACAUGGAGAGAGCCACAGGAUCCCUAUCCCUGUGCAAGAGUAACUCAUCUCGAGAGGGAACUUCCAUAUUCCUGUUGAAGGGUGAAAACUGGAACACCCAUCACUGCUGCUACAUUUUUUUCUUAAGGGUGUGUGUGUGUGUGUGUGACAGUGAAGGAGUCCCCCCCCCUUUCUAUCUUGGGGAACCCCUGCACAUCUGCUAGGCCUAGGGUAUUCUCUCUGUUGCAAAUUCAGGGUUACAUAAUAGGUCAAAGCUCAGUUCAUAAAGCAAGACCUGUUGCCUCUCAGUAUGAACCGUAAGUGUUUUCUAACACUACAGAUGUGCAGAAUACUGAAAGUUUCAUAGUAGUUUUUUCGUGGAAGUUGUUCUGCUAUCACUCAUCUGUCAAACCUUUGGUAAGUGCCUAAGGGUACCACACUGACUCCUGGAACAAUUUUAAAAAGUGCUGUAGUUUCUUUUUUAAACCAAACAAAAUAUAAAUCAAAUACAUUAUUUGCCUCAACUCGUUUAAACAAAUACACACAAACCAAACAAAACCUUCAUUUGAACGUUAAGGGAAGAAGGAGUGAGAGAUGGCUACAGACAUUAUUUCAUAGUUUCUCAAAUAUAUUGUACAUCAGUUUUAGUUAAAAAGUGCUAAGCACAAGAAUAAAGGGGAUGAAAUGUGUAUUCAAUGUUACAGUCUAUGGCAGACUGGACAUAAAUAGUCACAUCAGCUGUUAAUCUAUAAACAACUACUAUAGCCAAGUUCUAAAGAGGCAAAAACCCUCAGGAACAAUAUUAUUUUUACCAUUUUCCUAAAAAUAAGAGAACUGGCUAUGUGAAAUGCAUGGUCUCUGGGACCAGGGCUGGGAGUUGGUUCAAGGUUUUAGAAAAUGAUCAACCCUGUACAUUCAGAGUUAGAUCUUAUUUAAGCAAUUUUGCUGCUUCUGAGUUGCAGUUCUAGAUGGAAAUCUUUUGAUGGCAAUCAGGACACUGCUGUGAUGGACCCACUGCAGACUGAACCUGGAAGUUGUGUGUGAUUUUUAAGAUCUCUGCACCUAUCCAAUUUAAAUGGGGGGACCAGACAUUCAUUUCUGUUCAGCCUGUUUGCUCACCACAGCAACCACUUGUCAUAGUUGGACCACAGAAAUAGCAUCUAUGAGUAUAGCAGACACAUACUUUGCCAAAAUAUGAGUCAUGCUAUCCAAGCAAACAGGAAACAAAAUUGGUGGCACCUGUACUUCAUCACAAAAUGAACAAAUACAUAUUCCUGGGAAGAAAUAUGGUGUUAAAUCGUAACAACUGCAACAAUCCAUGUAAUUUGAAUAUGUUACUUUCAGCAGAUAAAAGGAUUGGGAGAGACAGUUGAGAGAGAAGCAGCUUUGCUUUAAAAAGUACGGGAGAAGAGUGCUGAAGGCGAAAGAGUUUACUAAGUUCAUGUACCACCUAUCUGCCGCUACACCUGUCUUAUCCCAGCUGUAAAGAAAGGCACGGAACUGAACAGGCUGUACCUCUUAUGCAUUAAAAUCAUCAGAAGC